GAGCCGCUCUCGAAUUCCGCAUCAGUUUUGCUUGAUACUUGGUUCAGUGCAGUUCGUCGCGUCUUUUCUAAAAAACAAAAAUAAAAUGGCUGACUUUUACUAUCUGCCCGGCUCCUCGCCCUGCCGCUCCGUCAUCAUGGUCGCCAAGGCCGUUGGCUUGGAGCUGAACAAGAAGCUGCUCAAUCUGCAGGCUGGCGAGCACUUGAAGCCCGAGUUCUUGAAGAUCAAUCCCCAGCACACCAUUCCCACGCUGGUGGACAAUGGCUUCGCUCUAUGGGAGUCGCGCGCCAUUCUGGUCUAUCUGGUGGAGAAAUACGGCAAGACCGACUCGCUGUACCCCAAGUGCCCCAAGAAGCGCGCACUGAUCAACCAGCGUCUGUACUUCGAUAUGGGUACUCUGUACCAGAGCUUCGCCAACUACUACUACCCGCAGGUGUUCGCCAAGGCGCCCGCUGAUCCCGAGGCCUUCAAGAAGAUCGAGGCUGCCUUCGAUUUCCUGAACACCUUCCUGGAGGGUCAGGAGUACGCUGCCGGCGACUCGCUUACCGUUGCCGAUAUUGCUCUCUUGGCUAGCGUGUCCACCUUCGAGGUUGCUGGCUUUGACAUCAGCAAGUACGCCAAUGUCAACAAGUGGUACGAGAAUGCCAAGAAGGUCACCCCCGGCUGGGAUGAGAACUGGGCCGGCUGCCUGGAAUUCAAGAAAUACUUCGAAUAAGCGCUGUUAAUCAAACACACACAUACAUAUGUAUUAAUUUAUUCCGUUUAUCACAAGAAAACGAUUUGAAAUCGUGUUUAUUUUUUCUGUGCUAAUUUGCAGCGAGUGAGAAUUCGCUGCAGAGUUAUUUUUCUAUAAAUAAAAGAGUAUUCAUUUUUAUUGAGUACAAGUAAGAGAUAA